AAUAAAUACUCUUUAUUAAAGUAUUAAAGAUAUAAAGAUAUAAAGACGAAAUGGAAAGCUCACCUGCAAACAGAAUUUAGGAAAGGUGAGGAUGGGAUAAACUAAGCGGGUGUUUCCAAGAAAACUCUCUCUGCCACCUCAAACUAGAAACAGCAUUGGUGCCCGGAUGCUGCAAAAGUCCCUUCCAGAACUUUCUGAGUUCUGCAGCGUCCUAAACGGGUGCGGUUGCUGAGGAAGAACCGCUCACCUUCACACCUUUCGCGCCCUGCCACACCCCCACACGUCUCCUCCCUCCCCGGGGCGUUUGUUUACGUGACUUUGCGUAAUAGUCAGGCACCGCCCCCCGCCCCUGCGGGGCCGCCGCGUUUCCCGCGCCGCGCGGCUUCUCCCCAUAAAAGGACAAUAGAGGCCGCGGGAGCGCGCGCGGACGCCCUGCCCUCUCCCCGCCCAGCCCGCGGCGCGCACGCGCCCGUAUGCAAAUCAGCUCGAUUCAAGAGAAUUUGGUCCCUGGGAGCCGCGCGUGCGCAGAGCGAAAGCGGAAUCUACACCUCCGUCCGCGGUAGCAACUGAAGAACUGCUGGAGACAAUCUUUCUGGACUCCGCGCAGGCGGAGGGAGUGCUUGCAGGGGGUUGGCCUGGUGCAAUCCGCACCGUGGGGACGCUGCUGCGCGUGGAAGCUAUUGCUCAGAAGAGAAGAUGUUUGGUUUUCACAAGCCAAAGAUGUACCGAAGUAUAGAGGGCUGCUGUAUCUGCAGAGCCAAGUCCUCCAGUUCUCGGUUCACGGACAGCAAACGCUACGAAAAGGACUUCCAGAGCUGUUUUGGGUUGCACGAGACUCGCUCGGGAGACAUCUGCAAUGCCUGUGUGCUGCUUGUGAAAAGAUGGAAGAAGUUGCCGGCGGGAUCAAAAAAAAACUGGAAUCACGUGGUAGAUGCAAGGGCAGGACCCAGUCUGAAGACAACGUUGAAACCAAAGAAAGUGAAAACUCUGUCUGGAAACAGGAUGAAAAGCAACCAGAUCAAUAAACUGCAGAAGGAGUUUAAACGCCACAAUUCGGAUGCUCACAGCACCACCUCAAGUGCCUCCCCAGCCCAGUCUCCCUGCUACAGUAACCAGUCAGACGACGGCUCAGAUACAGAGAUGGCGUCCAGCUCUAACAGGACUCCAGUGUUUUCCUUCUUAGAUCUUACCUACUGGAAAAGACAGAAGAUUUGCUGUGGGAUCAUAUACAAGGGCCGCUUUGGGGAGGUCCUCAUCGACACGCAUCUCUUCAAGCCCUGCUGCAGCAGUAAGAAGGCAGCUGCUGAGAAGCCUGAGGAGCAGGGGCCAGCGCCUCUGCCCAUCUCCACUCAGGAGUGGUGACUGAGGUUCAUGUAGAAGGGAACAAAGAGCGAAUUUAAACUUUGAAAAGACCACAAAGCAACAAACUGACCCUCCUAUUUUUAACUUGGAUACCUGCUAUUCUGCCAAAAGACAUUUUUCUAGAAUAGUUUCAUGGGUUACCCAUCCCCCCAUCCAACAAACUUUGAAGCCAGUUUCUAGCUUACUACAAGAAAGAAGUGUACAUAAUAUUUAAGAUGCUGGGUAUUUCAUAGGAAAGCUGAAUGCUGCUGUAAAGUGCUCUUUAAAGUCUUUUUUUUUUUAAAUCCCCUCUAAUGAAUGGAAGUAGGGGAAUUUCAGGGGACAGAGAUGGGAUUUGUGUGUGAUAAACCAUAUGUAGUUUUUAGUCUUUCUGUGGAGAGGCAGUGGUUGGGGCAUUUUUAAAUGGCUGGCUACACUUGUUUUCCCUCAUGAUGAUUUGUCAUAACUCAGUAGCACGACCUGCCCCCUAGAGGUAGUUAAGAAUUUUUCAAUGUUAAGGUGUUGCCAAGGCUCUGAUGAUUCAGACCUGUACUACUGAUGAUUAAGCAGGACAGACUGAGCUUUCUGCAAAUAGCUUGGAGGACGAAGCAAUCUCUGAACACACACAGGCAGCACCGAGUCGCCUCCCCUCGUCCUAUGUGAAUCUUAUAAAACAGAACCAGAGCUCCUUCUGGGGAAGGCCAGCCUGUAGGAUGAACAAGGUCCUAUAGGGACAGAACCAAAGCAUCACCAUGCGGUAGAGAACACGUGGUUAGAAACUACUUAGACAGGAUGUGUAAGUCCUGGGGAUGCGGGGGGCACAGUGGGUGCUGCUCGGGGCACAUUUCUUAGAGGGCUUGCAGUGUAUAAAUAAUUGACAUUGGUGUUACACAGCUGUCUGGGAUUCACUGAAAUCCGCACGAUUCAGUUCUAGCUCUGGAUUACCUCAGUUGACCUUUUGUGGAGGUUUUUUUUUUUUUUUUAAUCUAUAGAGUAGCUCUUUGCCUUGUUAUAACUUUAUUAGGGUUUUGGGUUUUGUCUUACUGUUUUUCUCCCUCUAUUUAAAGUUUGAUUAGAAGAAAAGAGUUGUGUGUUGAGGCUAAGUUGGUUGGUUGGAUUGGGUCGGCUUCUUGGAGUUGGGCUUCUGAACAUCAAGAUAGCUGAGUGGAGCUCCUCGUGUGGAGACCUCAGUGAGGGCGCUCAGCUGAGCCAGACUGAAGUUGUCCGACCGCCUCUUUUCAAAGUUCAGGAAAAAUAGUGCCAUUUCAGACCUCCUAGAGGGAGGGGUGUGUGGCUGCCUUAGUAUUCUAUCGCUCAUGAUAUUUUAAAAACUGGAUUUUUAAGAGUCUGUUGGUGUUUCACAACGGGGAGGGCCACUGUUUGUGGCAUCCUAUAGUUUUAUAGUUUUACAUUUUGUGUGUCUCUUCCUUUUUGGAAAAACCUACCUAGUACAAGCCACCGCAUGCACAGAGUGGUUGGUUCUCCACAGCCCUUGGUGUAGUACAGAGUCCAGCCGUUACCAUUCUCCCGCGUUGCUUCGACGCGGGAUGUUUCUUUUGUACAUUUUGGCUGCAGUAUUGGUGGUAGAAUAUACUUUGAUGGAUCAUCUCUACUUCUGUAUUUAUUUAUUUAUUACUAGACCUCAACCACAGUCUUCUCCCCUCCACUCUCUGCCGUAGGAUGUACUGUAUGUAGUCAUGCACUUUGUAUUAAUAUAUUAGAAAUCUACAGAUCUGUUUUGUACUUUUUAUACUGUUGGAUACUUAUAAUCAAAACUUUUACUCUAGGGUAUUGAAUAAAUUUAGUCUUACUAGAA